UUUAAAGACUUAGCAAAAAGCGGGAGAACUACUGGUUACCGGAUCGCGUUCUUUCUUCCAGAAUCCUUGAUUUUUAUUGCUAUGGCGGAGCCCAGUAAAAGACUGCGGCUUAGCCACAUCAGCAUCGGUUCACAGGCGGCUUCUACGAGCUUAGUCAAACAGCCCGACAUGGCAGGAGGAGCCGGUUCCUUUGUGGAGGGCUCCAUACUUCGCAUCACGAUGAAAAACUUCCUGACGUAUGACUACUCUGAGGUGUAUCCUGGGCCAAAUCUGAACAUGAUUGUUGGAGCCAAUGGAACCGGAAAGUCCAGCAUCGUGUGUGCCAUAUGCCUGGUUUUGGCUGGCAGGACUGCAACACUUGGGAGAGGAGACAAGGUUGGGCUUUAUGUCAAACGUGGAUGCCAAAAAGGUUUUGUCGAGAUAGAACUGUACAAAAAUGGAGGUAACUUGGUAAUUAGCCGAGAGAUCCAUGUGGAGAACAAUCAGUCGCUUUGGAUGCUAAAUGGUGGGAUCAGCAACCUGAAAAAAGUGGAAGAGGAGGUCAAGGCUCUCCAGAUCCAAGUCAGCAACCUCUGCCAGUUUCUACCUCAGGAAAAAGUUGGAGAGUUUGCGAAGAUGUCCAAAAUUGAAUUGCUCGAGGCAACCGAGAAGUCAGUUGGGCCACCAGAGAUGUACGAGUACCACUGUGAGCUCAAAAACUUCCGCAAUAAAGAACGAGAACUGGAGAAUGUUGUGAAGGAGAAGGCCAGCUUCCUGGAAAAAGCCAAGCAGAGGAAUGAGAGGAACAAGCAUGACGUAAAUCGUUACUAUGAAAAGAAAAGGCAUCUGGAUGUCAUUGAGUUGCUAGAGAAGAAGAAGCCAUGGGUGGAAUAUGAGACGGCCCGUAAGGAGCUCGAGAAUGUGAAGAUGGAGCGAGAAGAGGCCAAAAAGCAGCUCACUGCCUUGAGGCAGGCACAGGCGCCCAUGUUGAAGAAGAUCCAGCAGAUUGAUGACCAGCUGAAGCCCACUGAGGCACAAAUGACUGCUAAGACUGCAGCAAUCAGAGAAGCCGCUGGGAAGUUAAAACAGAAACAGGAUCAGCUUGAUCGGAAACACAAAGAGAUUGACGACAUUAAACAGAAUCUGCGGCUGAAGCAGACGGAAGAGGAGGACCACCAGAAGCGGAUCAGUAACACCAGACGAACCAUUGAAGACCUGAAGUCGGAGCUGGCCAAAAUAAGCGACCAGCCAGACGUAACGCCACAGAUCAACGCUGUCAAUGUGGAGUUGAGGCGUAUCCAGAUGGAGAGAGCCAAGAUCGAAGAAGAGAAGGCUGACCUGUGCAGGGAGAGCGACAACAUCACUGCAGAGUCGAAAAUGUUGGAACGGAAGCUGAGGGACAUGAACAAUAUGAUGAAUGCCAAAGAAGAGAAGCUGCGAGGACGGCACAGGGACACACAUGCUGCCCUCCAGUGGCUAAGGAAGAACCGACAGCUCUUUGAAGGAAACGUUUAUGAGCCCAUGAUGCUGGUGGUCAAUGUAAAAAAUCCAGACUUUGCUAAGUACGUGGAGAACCACAUCUCCUUCCACGACCUGCGAGCGUUCGUCUUCCAGAGGAAAAACGACAUGGAGAAGUUUAUGACCGAGGUCCGUGACAAGAUGAACUUAAAAGUUAACUCAAUUUCUGCUCCAGAGGAGUCGUGUUCUCAGCGGCCGCCAUCCCGAAACAUUGAGUCCUUGAGACGUUUUGGGUUCUUCACUUACCUCCGGGAGAUGUUUGAUGCUCCCGAUGAGGUUAUGAGUUACCUCUGUUUCCAGUACAAGGUGCACGAUGUGCCAGUAGGCAACAAUCAGACCAAAGCUCUCAUCAAAACGGUGAUCGAGGAGCCCUAUCUUAAGGUGUUGUACACAACAGAUGAGAGGUACACUGUAAAAAGGUCCUUCUAUUCCAACAAGAUAAGCACCAGCAACUCUGCGGUUCACCCCUCUCAGUACCUUACAAUAACUGUGGAUGCUGAGCAGAAACGUCAACUCGAACAGCAGAUGAAGGCCUGUGAGUCAAGAUUACGAGAGAUUAAUGAUCGAAUGAAGAGCCUGCAGGUGGAGGCUGCUGCUCUGGAUCGUAAGGAAAACGAACUGUUGGCAGACAAGAAACGUCUCUCUGAGCUUAAGGGAAAGAAAAGACAACUGGAACAGAAAAUCAGCACCAAACAGGACAGUCUGAAGCAGAUGGAGCAGAGUGUUAUCGAUCUGAAGAACGUUGAAGAGGAAACUAAAGAAAAAAUUAAGACUGUCAACUUCCAGAAGGUGACCAUAGCUACUGCAAUCGUGACCCAAAUGAAGCUGAGAGCCAAGUCGACAAUGAAAAAGGUGCUUCUGGCUUUGGAGGUGGCGGGGUUAACUGCAGAGAAGACUAAGCUUGAAAAUGACUGCAGAGAAAGCGCCUCUGAAUUUAAAACCAUGGAGCAAAGAUGUGGCCGUCUGGAUCAGAGGAAGGCACAGCUGACAGAACAAUGCAAAGGCCUGUUGAAGAGGGCGAAGUCGAACUGUCGAAUGCAGCCAGAUGAGGCGUUAUCAGAAGACCUGCGACAUGCUUUCAGCAAACUGCCUGACACUCUGGAUGAGGUUGAUGCUAUGCUGAACGAGGAACGCUCCAGGGCCGAGUGUUUCACGGGUCUCAGCGAAAAUGUCGUUGAAGAGUACAACAGGAGAGAACAGGAGAUCAAACAUCUUGAGAAAGAGCUUCAAAAAAAGACAGACGCCUUAAACACCUACAGACAGAACAUAUCUGAGGCGAAGGAACGCUGGCUGAACCCUCUAAAGCAGCUGGUGGAACAGAUAAAUGACAAGUUUAGCAACUUUUUCCGCUCCAUGCAGUGUGCAGGAGAGGUUGAUUUGCACUCAGAGAAUGAGGAGGAAUAUGACAAGUAUGGGAUUCGCAUUCGCGUGAAGUUCCACAGCAGCACACAGCUCCACGAGCUCACGCCGCACCAUCAGAGCGGUGGAGAGCGCAGCGUCUCCACAAUGCUUUAUCUGAUGGCCUUGCAGGAGCUUAACCGCUGCCCCUUCAGAGUGGUGGAUGAGAUCAAUCAGGGAAUGGACCCUGUAAAUGAGAGGAGAGUGUUUGACAUCGUUGUCCGCACCGCCUGCCAAGAGACAACUUCUCAAUACUUCUUCAUCACACCAAAACUGCUGCAGAAUCUGCAGUACGCCGAGGAGAUGACCAUCCUCUGCGUCCAUAACGGACCUCACAUGCUUCCUCCCGGCGAAUGGGACAAAACAGCUUUCCUCCAACGGCGCCUCCAAAGGAAAGCCAGGGCAUAAACUCACCAUGCCAAAAAGACAUCGACAUUUAUCAUAUACGAUUUUUAAACCAUAUACAGGUUUUGCAUUUAGAUGAUGAACUCCAUUUUUGGUGAUUUUUUUCUAAGUAAACACAUAUUCUAAGAUCUAAAAAGGGUAAUUUCAUUUGUUUUGUCUCUAGAUUAUUUAACUUGGAUUCUAAAACAAGACCCAACAUUCCUGGAUUAGGCUCAGUUUGGCACAUAAAUCUGUUUUGUUUUUUGUUUUUUUUGGACGUUUUGUAAAAUAGACAUCACUAGUUAGAUUUAAAUUGUAUUUAAACAGUCCAGAUUUUUUCAGUUUUAUAGAUUGUAAUCAAAGUUUGUCUAGAUACCAAAAAGCAUUCGUCUUUUUUCUAGAUGUUUGGGGGAGGGGACCUAAAAUCCAACUAGGUGUUUUGUAGCCACGUGUCUAUAAUGCCCAAAAAGCUGGAUGAGAAAAUCUAGAAAAUCGAGUUUGACAAAGAAUUUUGAAUUAUUAACAUCAUAGGAACCUGUUCUGUGAUAGGUUUUAUGACUACAGUGUUCUUUUUUUGUUGGGUUCAUGGAAGACAUGGCAAAACAAAAACCCUGAAAGGGCUGUUUUAUUGUCUGGAGUUCAUUGUUAGCAGCAGUCAUAGGAGGUAGCUCUUAAAGCCUCUUCAUGAACUGAAGUUCUCAAUGUUCGACCAAUCUUGAGUGGGUCUGUGUCGUCAAACCUGUGGCGGACAACAUUCACAAGUUCAAAUAAAAUGACUUAUUCCACACGAA